GUGCGCUUGUAUGAAAUGGAAACCAGAAUAACGUACUAUCAAGCGCCUUAGCAACGUGCUUUGUUUAAAUAUGGUUGCCUGUUACAUCCUGUACACAUAGCAUACCUGAAACGUCAUGUCGCGUAAAAACGACCGAUCGAAGAAGAACGAAACUGCAGAAAAGGUGAAGGAGAUACAAAUGCGACAGAAAAACUGGUUUAAACAACGUGAGGAACACUUAGAAAGAAAAGGAAGCUCUCCCCAAAUAAAAGACUUACCUGACAACAAAACAUCCAAGAAGUUGGAUUACAAUGUCUCAACUAAAAGUAAAAGUGGAUUAGGAAAAUUUGAUCUGCAAGAUGAACCAAGAAGUGUUGAAAAAACUAAAGCUGCUAAUAUAGGUAAAGUACAGCCGAAAGGGAAGUUUAAACACUGGUUGGAAGCCAGGGAGUCACAGAAAGGAAAGGAAGAUGACCAGUGGAACAAGGACAGAGAUUCAGUUAAUAUUCUAAGAGUGUCCAGUUCCAGAAGUCCUGAAUUUGCAAGUCCAGAGUCUGACCAUUUUGAUGACCACAGGACAGCUGGUGGGUCCUACAGAGAAGAACCUUACAGAACGCUCAGUGAGAGAACGGGGAGGGAUGCCAUGAAUACCUUGAUGUCCCACCAGGAUUUUGACGCUCUGGCAGAUAGUAUUGUAGCUAGGGUCAGACAAGGUGUCAACACUGACAGUCGUUCUGGACUGGAAACACAGCAACUCUGGUCACAGGAUGUACCCAGUAAAUCACAUGCACGCUCUUCAGAGGUCGGCAGGGGUCAGAAAGGUCACACAGAUUCCAAAACCAGAGAUCGCAAAGGUCAGAAAGAAGUGGAUACAUCCAGUCAUCACUGUCCUUGUUGUCAUCGUCUAAUGCUGCCACCGAGCAAUGUACCCCUCAUCAACAUACCAUGUGGUCACAGUGUGUGCGAGACGUGUUGUCAGGGGACAGAACUCUGUCCGUCAUGUCACUGUCAUGUGACCUCAAAGACAUGUAACUUGAUGCUGCUACAGAUCAUUCAGGGAUAUCACAACAACGCGUCCAGAAGAAAGGAAGUUAAUCGUGAAACUAAGUCAUACAGUCCUGAAAAUUACAACGAAAAGCAUUCUUCGAGUUCACAGUCAUACAGGGAACAGCAUGAGAACUUGAUUGCGCGCCAGGAUGUGUUGCUAGCCGAGGCGGACUCCAUUAAAAGUACCAUGGAUACGCUGUCCAAUCAGAUCCACCGACAACAGCGUCAGGUACACAGCAUCGCACAGGAGGAGACCAAGCUACGGAAGCAGAUGAAAGAACUGGAGGACAAGCUACAGCAGCUGACAUCUCAUAGAGAAGGGUACUCCAAAGAACAGGACCAACUACAGCACAAGUACAACACCGAAGCCAACAGACUCAACCUGAUAAAGGAAACGCUCCUGUCCCUGGAGAUAGAGGUGGAGAAGGUCCAGCUGCUGGCAGAGGUCAGAUGAUAAGUAGAUUUUAUUCCUGAAGAUCCAUCCCCGAUAUCGAAGAUAAUAAGGAAACAAUAUCGCUGAUUAUCCGGCCUGGAUACCAGAGCUGAUAAGGGGACAAUAUCCCUGAUUAUCAGGUCUGGAUACUAGGGUAUUAGGGAGACAAUUUCCCUGAUGAUAGAGUCUGGUUACUGGAGAUGAUAGGGAAAUGAUAUCCCUGAUGCUCUGGCCUAGUUACUGGAGAUAAUAGGGAAAUGAUAUCCUGAUGAUCUGGCCUAGUUACUGGAGAUAAUAGGGAAAUGAUAUCCCUGAUGAUCUGGCCUAGUUACUGGAGAUAUUAGGAAGACAAUAUCCCUGAUGAUCAAGCCUGGAUACCAGAGUAUUAGGGAGACAGUUUCCCUGAUGAUAGAGUCUGGUUACUGGAGAUAAAAGGGAAAUGAUAUCCCUGAUGAUCCGGCCUAGUUACUGGAGAUAUUAUAGGAAGACAACACCCUGAUGAUUUACCAGUGAUAACAAAAGUGACCCUGAUAGUGUAGAUACCAUAUAGUGUUCAUGACAACCAGUGUCCACCCCGGAUAAAACCCAGUGAACUAGAACACAAACUCAUAACUUAUAUCAUGUAUUUAUGGUUCCCUGAACAGCAUUAUUCUGUGAUAUGUUGAAUUUAUUUGUUAUUUAAAAAAAUAAGUGCCUGUUGAUCGGGAAUGAAUUUUACAAAGAAUUAUUUAAAGGAGAUGAGGAGUCGGGACAUGGGUCAAAAAGGGCUCUUUAAUCAUUUAUAGAAUCUUAGUUGUAGUAAUUUCUGAAUAUAAACUUUUUUCAUGUUUGUUAAAAAGAUUUAUUUAGCUGAACUUUUCAAUAAGUAGUUUCAUUGAAAUAUGCCUGAUUUCCUCCUCAUUUCUGCACUGUAUACAUUCUAUAUGGAAUGAAAAGCUUCUACUAAAUCACUAUUUUCAAUAAGCUGAAAAUAAAAA